AUGAGAGAGCUUUCCAGAAUAUUACUAGAAUUGAAAAAACUAGAGCCAACAAUACACAAUCUGUUUGAUGGCCUGAAACCGGAGCACUAUGACCAACUAGUUGAAGCUACAAAAUCAGUAGCAAACUACGAUACUGUUAAUGACACAUUUGAUUCUCCCACAUUUGCCAUGAAUAUAAGUACCGCACUGAAACAGUGUUGUGACAUUGCAAUACACAUGGUUAUAAAAAAUGAACCAUCAGUUGAAACAGCUAGCCUCAAAACGAUGAUUAAUUUACUUCAAUCGAAUUGGAGAUUUGAUGUCUCUGGCCGCGCUGGCAAUGAUUUGAACUUGAUAAAAUUCAAUAAAGCGACUAUUGUGCCAUUAGCAACAGACCUUAGGCUUUUAAAAAACUACUUGUUGUUGAAAGCAGGAGAGGCAGUGAACAGGUUGGCUAGAAAUGCUGCUGAUGCGAACGCUUACAAUACUCUGUUGGAGACAGUAUAUUUCAGGGUAAUACUACUGAAUAGAAAAAGACCAGGUGAACUGCAAAGGAUGUUUCUUCGCACUUAUGAGAGUUCUGAAAUUAAAAGUGGCGAAUAUGAAGAAUUUGAAGAAGUCAUAACCGAGGUGGAAAAACUACUGAUAAAAAAUCUGAAAAGAGUUGUGAUACGAGUAGUGUCAGAGCAAAAAGGAAAGAAAACGGAAUUACCUGUAGCUGUCAAUAAGAAAAAGCGUAUUCUUACACCAUGGCCUAGUGAACAGAAGGAAGCAGUAACAUUCUUCUUUAAUAAGAACAUAAAGAUGAAAAAAUCUCCAAAAAGAAAGGACUGUGAAGAAAUUAAAAGUUUAUACCCCGAGUUGCUAGCCAAUAAAGACUGGCUAAAGAUUAAAGUUUUUAUACAAAAUGUGUAUUCAAAAAAAAAGCAAAUAAGUUGUAAAAUUUGA